GGCAUGCAGCCGCGGCGCUUACCGGGUAACCGGGAUCUCGGGCUGCAACGGAGAAAGCUGGAGCGGGAAGUUUAUCUAACCCGGAGCAAACUUGGCUGGACCGGCUCCCGACCCGCCUCCUCGCCACCGCCCCGCUCUUCUGCACUCCACAGGGAGGACCAGAGUUUUGUUCUCGGGGAUUCCUCCCUGUCCCCUUUCUUUCCACUCAUUACAGAGCAGCACAGACGCGUGCGCACCCCUUUCCCGCGACGAGCCCGCCGCCCGCCUGCAGCGCCGGCCGGGAUCGGGAGGCCCGCGCGGCCCCGGCCCUCGGCGCCGGCCUCGGACACGCUAGGGGCCUGGGCGGCGGCCGCGGCCCCGCCGCGUGCUGUUUUGCUUCAUCCUCGCUGGAAGGGGGCCGCCCGGGUCGGUUUCUGCGUGUGCAGGGCCGCCCAGCCCCGCCCGGGCCCGAGGGACCCGAGCGGCAGGGAGGCGGGAAGUGCUGUGGCGCUGCGCGGGGAGACCUUUAUAACCGCGAGGGAAGGCGACACCGCGGGCGGGCAAGCGGCUGGCGUCUUUUCUUCCGAGUUCAGGCCGGUCCCUGACCAGCAGCCGAAGAGACCGGGUUUUCCUUCGUGGUGCUCUUGUGAAUACUGCCUGCUAAAAUCCCAAGAUUGAGUUAUCAUUUACAAUCAGCUCAGCUGGCAGGAAAGCAUACAGCCGCUGCACUUCUCUUUCUGUUCAAAUCGCCGGUUCAAUAAAAAAUCGAGCCCGUGCACCAGGCCGCGCUCUUCAGGCUUGGGAUGCGCUGAGAAACAGGAAGGUCUCCCGGCCCCGGCGGAGCUGCGGGCAGGGGCAGGGGCGGGAGACAGGGUAAACCGUGAACAUCCAUAGUUAUCCGGGAUAUUAGAAAAGGUCAGUGGUAGGAAACAAAGGAAAAGGCAGAAUAAGGAGGCCGAGGAGGGCUGGCGUCCCGUGCAGGGUGUGGAAUUAAGUGGGUAGGGUGGUCAGGGGGGGCCUCCUGAAGGUGGGAUUGGCGCGAAGGCCUGCGAGGUGAGGAAGGGAAUACCUGGGGAGAGCUUUAGGGACAGAGGCUUUGAGGGGGCGGGCAGGCGGUGACAGGGUCUGAUCCACAGUGCUGGAAGAUGAGGCUGAUGUUUGUGGAGAGCCGGCUGUAGGGGCAAAGGUGGACACCCACCGGGAAGCUGUGGACGUAGUCUAGGCUGGAGAGCACGGUGGCGCAGAGCAGGUGACAGCCUGGAGGAGGAGAGAAGUGGUUGGAUUUUUAUUUAUUUCAAGGGUAGAACUGUCAGGAAUUCCUAAAAGGUUGGAUAUGUGGGCAAAAGGGAGGGUGGACACAAGCAGAACUGGCCCGACUCCCCUGCCUCUUUUGUCCCUUCUUGGUCUGCAGAUUGACUCCAUUUUAUACACAAGAACCCCAGGUAAAUGCUGAAGGUGUAGAGCCUCCGCUCCUUUCUUGUUUCCCCUUUUCUCUUACCACUCACCUUCUUGAAAACUUCCGUGUCUUUUGGACAUUGCCCCUUGGAUGGCCCCACAGACUCCUUCUGUUCCAGAACUUGGGGCCCAUUUGGCCCUGUCCUCCCCCAGAAAAACAUCUUUUACUAUAGAGAUGGAUUUGGGGGUUAUUCUUUCAAAACUGAGUAGCUACUUUGAGCCAAGUGCUACUGUAGGCAGCAGGGCUCGAGCCCGGAACCAGACAGAUGGAGCACCGUGCUCUCAGGGAACUCACAUUCUAAGGGGGGAAACAGGCCAUAAGCUAGGCAGACAAGGAAAACAUGUGGCACGGGUGAUGUUAGGUGCUGGGGAGAAAAGUUAACCUGGGGAGAAAAAUUAACCCGGGAAAAGAAAGAGAGGGUGCUGAAGAGGCCGCAAUUUAAAACAGGUGGUUGGAGAAAACUCCAGGAAAGAAAGACAAAAAUGCCAAACCUUGGGCCCUCAUGGACUUACCUCACAUUUCACAGGUUUGACCUCCCACCCCAGGAUCCCUGAAGACUGAAGUAGCCACUCCAGUCAGCUGCAGAGGUCACAAGCGCUCUGGAGACACUUUUGCCAGCUGAGGACCAGCUAGCCAAGAAAGUGUCCUUUCUAAUGAAGUUAUUUCCCCUCUAAAGUACACCAAGCAGGUUUGGUCUGGGAGCGUCACCCUGAGCUGGCAACUCAGCAAUUUAAUUCUCUCCUUUAUUGAGCAGGGCAAGUAGAGGUGCAGGUCUUGUGCACAUAAAAUGACGUGAAAAAGGUGGUUUAUACUCAGGUCUGAGCUGUAGAGUAGUCACGGUAAUUGCGGUGAUUCUUUUCUUUAUUGCUCUGAUUGGUCCUGGGUGAUGUGACCUUGCUCAGUCCCCACAGCCCCCUGGGAGACAGGUGGGGAGUAUCAGUGGAUGGUUCACUAAGUCCUGAUGAUGGGACUUAUGCAGGAGUUAGAAAUACCCAUCGCCCCUUUGGUGUGAACCAAAGAUGAGGUUCACGCAGAGGGAGGUGCUUCUUAACAGGAAGGGGCGUUUGGCCUGGAUACAUAUUCUAUUUGUUUUUUUACGCAUAUCUUUGUUUCAAAAUCAAAAAGAAAGGAAUCAGUGAUUAUCUCUGGAGUGUGAGAUUAUUGGGACUUUAACUUUUCAAGUUGUAUGUUUAUGAACUGUCUGAAUAUUUAAAAUGGUGCGUUACUUUGUUAGUCACAAAAAAGUAUUAAUUUUUUAUAUAAAAUUAAUACAUAGAAUUAGAAGUACAAAUGUAAAAGCGAACUUACAUAUAAUCACCUGAUAUUUCAGUUUUUUCUUUGACUUUGGUAUUUAGAUCAUUUAAAAAUUUCCAAGUGUUGAGGUCUGUUGUUCUUUAAAUUUUUAUUAAUUUCUAGGUUUAUUGCAUUGUGGUCAAGGAGUGUAGCUUCUGUUAUUUCUGCUUUUUGGAAAUAGUUGGGGCUUUCUUUGUGACCUACAAUAUGAUCCAUUUUGAAAAAAAUGUAUAUGUUUAUCAGAAAAGAAUGAAGGGGCAUAUUAAUACCCCCCAUAACCUAGUUCUAUAAUUAGCAUAUAAUAAUUGUUAAAAAACUGUUUAUUAGUGAACUUGAACAUCAAUUAAUUAAAUGCUAAUUCAUCUUUUAUAUUUAUUCUAAUUCUCUAUGUCAUUUACUUUUACUGUUUUAUUCUCCAGUCUCCUAAUUUUUUUUUUUUUCUUGCAGGGAAAUAUUCACCAUGAGCUAACAUCUGUUGCCAAUAUUCCUCCUCUUUUCAUUUUCUCCCCAAAGUCCUAGUGGUUGUAUUUCCUAGUUGUAAGUCGUUCUAGUUCUUCUGUGUGAGCUGCCACCACAGCAUGGCAACUCACAGACAGGUGGAGUGGCUCCUCAACUGUAAAGCGAACCCUGGCCACCAAAGCAAAGUGUGCCAAACUUUAACCACUAGGCCAUCAGGGUUGGCUCUGGUCUCCUAAUGUAUAUCCUGCUUUAUCCCUUACUCCCCUUCCCAAAUAAAGCGGACUUACAGCAGAUGUGUUAACAUCUUCCAUUUCAA